AUGGAUCCUGGUCGCUAUGCACUGCAUCAAGGCUGGGAUAAUAACAGCGCUCUGGAGGGUUAUGGUGCGGUCCAUGAGCCAAAUUUUCGGGUUGGCGAAUCUUAUGACGAAAGAAGGUUUAUUGAUGAAAGAUAUCCCAGGGAUGCUGUAUACCAGAGAAAUAAUUUCCACCGUGAUGUUUUGGACCGGGAGGCCUAUUUACCACCUGGACCCGCUGUUGGUCAAUGGAGUCAAUCCAAGCGAAGGGGUAUUGAUGAAGAUUAUCCCCUUGAAAGGGAAUCUAGACGUUUUCAGAGACCUUACCACGAACCAUACAAUCAAAUGGAGGGUUUCAGGGAUCGUGAGAUUGACAUUUACCCGGAGUAUGAUAAGUUUCGAGACGGUUAUACCAACAUUGAACACUAUGGUGAUCGAGGAUAUGACAAACCUGCUAGGUUUGCAGGGCAUGGCCGUGAUGAUUAUGCGUAUGAUGAUUAUGGCCACAAGUCCCGCGUUUCGCAUCAUCGGAGGGAGGAUAGCCAUGAGAGGGAUUAUGAUCAUAGUCGGCAUAGUUAUGAUUCUGAUAAUGAAAGAGAUGGCAGAAAAGAUAGUACUUGGAGGCGACGCGAAUCACGUGAUCGAGAACGAGACAAGAGAUGUCUCAGUAGGGAAAAAGAUUCAAGUCCCCAAAGGAAACAUGAGCGUUCUCGAUCGCGUUCACGAUCUCAUUCUCGGUCUCCUCGAGGUCGAAGCCAUAGUCGGAGUUAUCGGGAAGACAGCUAUGUUGAUAACCGACAUGAUAGAAGUGAAAGACGCAGCGAUAAACGUCAGCGGGAACAUUAUUCUGUGGCACCAUCUGCAACUGUUGUUGUGAAAGGUCUUUCACAGAAGACGACUGAAGAAGAUCUAUACCAAAUCCUUGCGGAAUGGGGUCCCCUUCGUCAUGUCCGUGUUAUAAAGGAGCGACAUUCUGGCAUCUCCCGUGGAUUUGCAUUUAUUGAUUUUCCUUCUGUGGGAGCUGCACAAGGAAUGAUGGACAAGCUAGGAGAUGAAGGUCUUGUUGUGGACGGCAGGAAGCUUUUCUUCGAAUAUAGUAGCAAGCCAACCGGAAGUGCAGGUCCAGACGGAGCUAUGAAAUCAGGUCAUAGUCAUAAGAGCAUUACAAUACCAUCUGAUUGGAUGUGCACUAUAUGUAGCUACAUCAAUUUUGCACGCCGGACUUCUUGCUAUCAGUGUAAUGAACCACGCACUGAUGAUGCUCCUGCAGCAGACAUUUCUUUAUCAAAUUCCUCAUCUUUAGGAAAGAAAGGUUUGGAGGCAGGUCCAACUCAUGUAUUGGUUGUCCGUGGAUUGGAUGAAAAUGCGGACGAGGAAAUGCUCCGCUAUGAGUUUUCCAAACAUGCUCCAAUCAAGGAUCUACGUCUUGUGAGAGAUAAGUUUACUCAUGUCUCGAGGGGAUUUGCAUUUGUACAUUUUUAUUCGGUAGAGGAUGCUACCAAAGCUCUUGAUUCAACAAAUGGAACCACCCUUGAGAAGAAUGGACAGAUUCUAAGAGUAGCUUAUGCGAAAAGCAUACUAGGCCCUGGAACAGGAGCGUCAGGAACUUCACAAUCAAGCAGUCUUGCAGCUGCAGCUAUUGAGGCUGCAACAUUUUCCCAACAGUAUGAUUCUGUUGGAUGGGCUCCCAAAGAAUACAAUCCAGAGGACAAACAAUCUAAUGGUCCUGAGCAGACUGGAACUGAUGCUGGGGCACCACAAUCAGGCUUUGUUUGGGAUGAAGCAUCUGGUUAUUACUAUGAUGCUACUUCUGGGUUUUAUUAUGAUGGGAAUACUGGUCUUUACUAUGACGGUAAUAAUGGGAUUUGGUAUUCGUAUGACCACCAUAAUCAGCAGUAUAUCCCUUGCACUGACCAAAAUCAGAAUAAAUCAUCUAAUAACGAGUCUGAACCUUCUAAGGCACCUGAUGGUUCGAGCACUAAAAAAGUAGUGAUUUCUGCACCAGCUACUACUGUUACUUCAAAUGAGAAGCCAGCUUCACUGGCAGAUGCUGUCCAGGCUGCUGCAGAAGCUGCUUUAGCUGCAGAGAAGAAAGAUAAAGAAAAAUCAAAGGAGAUAAAACUUGCUUCAAAAAGUAGUAUUCUGGCAAACAAGAAAAAAAUGAACAAUGUGCUGACAAUGUGGAAGCAGAGGAGUCAUGAGGGACAAGCUACUCGAGUGGCACUGGAGGACAAUCAGUUAUCUGGUUCUGUUGAGGAUAGGUCAUAUUCUUCUGCAUAUUCUGCAAAGAAUAAGUUAAAAACUGAGACAGCACCAAGGGAAAUUAAUGCGUCUAAUCUGGGUGGUCACACAACUGCACAGGUUGCUGCUAUUGACUCUCAAUCACAGCCACGGCCCUUCAGUAAUAGCCUUGGGGGCACUCUGAUGGGGGUUAUAAGGGGCUCAGGACGGGGGGUUGUUAAAUCAGAUACUUAUUCUGGCUCUAUGUCUGCCACACCAUCUAUGUCCACUUCUUCAGCAAAUGUUGAUGCCCAGACGUUUGCUACUCCUUUUAAAACAGAUGUGUCUUCCCUGGGUUCAUAUACACCAUCCACGUCUGUUGGAAGUGGACGAAGAAGGUUUUCAGAAAUGCCACUCUCUGCUUCAACUCAUAAGGAACAAUCUCAAACAACAACCUACAGGGAUCGGGCAGCUGAGAGAAGAAGUUUGUAUGGCUCAUCAUCUUCAGUUGGCAAUGAUUUGUCUGACCUUGAAAUUGGGGAUUCAACUCGAGAUUUUGCAUCAAGGAGGGGUGACACAAUGCCUUUCCCUCCUGGGGUUGGUGGAGGACGCACGGUUGGUGAUGUCAACGUCGAUACAUUUGAGGUGAUUACAGCAGACAAAGCGAUAGAUGAAAACAAUGUUGGUAAUCGGAUGCUUCGCAACAUGGGAUGGCAGGAAGGCUUGGGACUAGGAAAAGAUGGAAGUGGAAUGAUAGAGCCCGUUCAGACACAAGCCAUGGAAAAUAGAGCAGGACUAGGUAGUCAGCAGAAAAAGUUGGAUCCUAGCCUCGAGGUUCAAGCUGGUGAUAGCUAUAAGAUGCUUAUUCAUAAAAAAGCACUUGCCAGGUUCCGAGAAAUGUAA